AUGCAGUUUUAUUUCGCUUGCUUUAUACUGAGCUGCCUCGCUGUGGCUUGCUUGAGUGCGCCUCAGUUCCCAGGCUCAGGAUAUGGCUUUGCGCCUUUUGGAGGAUAUGGAGGAGGCAACUACGCCUCGUCUGGAGCGAGUGCAAGUGCUGCAGCGAGCAGUAGCAGUGGCAACUAUGGCUAUGGCUUUGGCAAUCCAGGAUAUGGAUAUGGAUGGCCAGGUGCAGGAUAUGGCGGAGGAUUUGGAGGAGGCUACGAAGCGGGUUAUCAGCAGCAGUCGAAUCAAUUUCAAUACAAUAAUUAUGGCAAUUAUGGAGCUGGAGGCGGCUUUAGAAAUCCAUACUUUGGCUAUGGCAAAUGA